GUUGUUGAUUCAGCGCUCACUUCACAGUGCACAGAAAAUGGCCGAAAAGCUGCAGAGAAAUUUUUUUUGUUGAGAAUUGUCUUGUUUCGAUCACAGUAUUGUUCAAUUUAUAGGUGGUUCAUUUAGAUUAAUCGCCAUAAAAACGUAAACGUAGUCGAUUGAAACGCGAAAAACCGAAAUUAAACAGUGUUUUCUGGGCUAUUUAUUGAGUUUUUUCUGCCGUGUUCGAAAUUCGAUUUGCAAACCUCACCAAGAAUUUUUCCUUUCUUUUUGUGGAUAUUUUCUCUCUUCGAAAUCAAUUUCAUCCGAAGUGAUUAAGUGUGUGUUUUUAUUUGAUUAUUUUUUUUCGUGCUUCUGCAACAUCUGAAUUGACAAUUCAAAUUGUGCUGAAUCGUAUAAAAAUAUGAAGUGCCCCUAACAAAAUAAGCAACAACAAAAAGAAAUCGUAUUGUUUUAAGUUUUAAUACUUGAUUUUGAUGGUCCCAAAUGUGCGCAUCGUUCUAUAUACAGUCAAAUUAACACAGAACAAAUUACAGAAAGCAGAAAAAAAAUAUAUAUUUGGAAUAUGAUUGUGGUAAAUUGUCAUACAGAAAAAACCUGAAUGCAAAAAACCAUACACAACACCAGUUAAUCCAAUACGUGCAACAACAACAACAAAUACAGUAACGAAGGAAGAAAAGAAACGAAGAAGGUUCAUCAGACCAAGAAAAAAAAGAGAAGAGUAUUUUGCUGCAAUAAAAUGAAAAGAGUGUGCAAAAGAAGUGCAUUAUAACGAUUUUGAUAAAACUCCGUGUGCUCUCUCUCGCUCACUCUCUCUGUGUUUUUAAGGCUGAAAUAUAUAGAUUUUAUUUUUCUCUUCGAUUCAAUUCAUUGUGCAUAGUGUGUGUAUGAAUAAAAUUACUCAAUUUUAUUUUUGUCAAUUGCAAGCAACCAUAAGCCAACCCAAAAGCGUAAUAAAGACGGAACAACUUAUCAGCAGAUUUUGCAUUUCGUUUUUUUUUUGUCGGAAAAUAUAAAAAAACAACAAUAACAAAUACAAUACACGACGAUAUAGUAUAUAAUAACAAUAAGGCCAAUCGUUUUAAAUUAGUUUUUGGUUUCGAAUCAUUCGAUUGUUCAACUCCGAGAUCGUUGAUUCACUACCCUGUGCCUCGUGUAUGAGUGUGUUUGUGUGUGAGUGAGUGCACAAAUUUGUUUGCUUCGUUAUAUAUUUUUCGCGUUUUGGUUUUUGCCAAAGCGAAUUGCAAAACAAAAAGGAGAAAAAAAAAUUAUAUACAAUAAUAAAACUGAAGUUGUGCAAUUUGUGCCCCUAGCAGCAGAGUGACACUAAAUCACGAACACACCAAAAAACAGACCAAAACUUAAAACGGUACAUUUGAAGAGAAAGAAAAAACAAAAAAAAGGGUGAAUCGCGAAAAGUGAGUGAGAGAAAAACAGAAUUCGAUAAAGAGAAAAAAAAAGAAAAUCGAAUACGAAAAACAUUGCACAAAAAUCAUAAAACACAUACAGAUAACGAAUUACGUCCACAAAAUACAAAUGCAAAUACAUUGACGUACAAGUACAUACACAACAGAAACGACGACGACGACGACGAAGACAACGGUUCAGUUCAGUGUGCCCAGUGUAUUUGAUUAGCAAUUGUGUCGGUGUGUAUAGCGAAAAGUAUUUCGAAUCGAACAUAGUAACGAGUGAGAAACAGCGAAAAACGUCAUCUCGUCAUCCACACACAGCAACAGCAGUUCACUCACAGGCGAUAUUGAGUGUGUGUGCGUGCAUGUAUUAUUCGAUUUGCUACAGUUUUAUUUCGUUAUUUUUUCUUUCUGUUUGUCGUGAGUGUGUGUGUGUGUGUGUUUGAAGCGCAAUACGGUUCGUCAUUUGUAGACAAGCAUAUUUCAGCUGACAUAAAAAAAAAAGACAGAAGCGAAAGAAAAAAAGGCAACAAAAACUAAAAGCGUUGAAGCCAACUAUGUCUUCUUCGCAAACCAAUGCAACAACAGCAGCAACAGCAGUAAAUCAUCAUCAUCGAAAUAACAAAGCCAAUGCAAAAGUCGUACAGAGAACGACUAGCGAAAGUCUCCGGUUAUCAAUGAAUAGCAAUUGUAUUGAUGGUAAUGUGCUGGCAAAUGGAAACACAAAUUUCAGUAGUGGAUUGACUGCAAACAGUGUCGGAUCAACAACUAUUUCGAAUAAUUUACAAAAUAAUACACAGCAAACAUUUGUGCCACCUACGGCAACCCUGCUGAUGACAAAUAAUGGAAAGUUUCAAACAAAUUCCACCACAACUUCGGCCUUCGUAACUUUGCCCGACAUCAAUAUGGAUAUGAAACCGAAAACAUCAUCCUAUCAAAUCACAUCGAUUACCGUGGGCACCAGAACCAGUGCUGAUGAAGAUUCAGCGGACGAUUUAGACGAAUCUCAUACCACAGACGAAAAUAGCCGUGUCACCGACAUGGAAAACGAAACGCCUAGCUAUUCCGAAGACUCGAACAUGUAUUCGAAGGACGACGUAUUUGCGACGGCAUAUGCGCACGGUAUACCCAUUAUGCAGAACAAUAUGUCAGCUGAUCUAACGAAUUGUGUGAAUAGCAAUCAAGUUGGCAAGAAAUUGCCGGACGUUCGUGUUAAUUGUGUUACGACAGCGGUUGAUAAAAACAAAGGUGUCGAAAUUAAAGGCAGUGAACGAUUUAAGGUGGUCAAAAUCGAAAGUAUUGAACCGUUCAAACGUGGACGGUGGACGUGCAUGGACUAUUUGGAUCAAUCGGCGAAGCAAGUGCAAAUGAAUUUCGGCGGUAAUGGUAAAACGGUUGCAACAAACGAUAGCGGUGUUGUGUUGACAGAGAAUUUUAACGAUACAACGAUGACGACGAAACAAAAGAAACAGGCCAAAACGGUUCAAACGGAAAUGUUGCCGAAUCAAAACCAAAAUGCGGCCGUACAAGCGGCUCAUUUGAUUUCUGGUCAAAGUGCACCGGCCAUGGCCAAUGAAAACACAUCGCCGGGCCAGACGUUGCAACAACCGUUGCAAAAUAGUUUCGCGAAUGUGGUGAACAAUCAGAAUAUGCAGUCGGCGGCUGUGUUACAGUCGAACACUGUUCAAGAGGUUCACCAGCAGCAACAGCAACAACAGCAAUUGCAGCAGCAGCAACAACAACAGCCACAACAACAACAACAGCAGCAACAGCCACAGCAACAUCAAACACAACCCGUGGCCGCGUUUCAUCAUCCAGUCGGAACACAUAAUGUGCAACAAGGCCAAAGCCUACCGCCCCAAAUUAUGUCACAUGUUAUACCUCAAAUGCAACAGAAUCAUCAAAUUCAAGCCACACCGAACGCGGUCCAACAACAUCAAAUGGCCGUUUCGCAUGGACAAUUACCAAACUUCCAGCCCCAACAACAACAACAACAACCGCAACAACAACCGCAACAAUAUUCGAAUACGUCAAUGGGCGGCAGUCAAAGUGCACACAACACACAAACAAUUCCAAUGCAACAAAUCCACGAAAUUCAUCAAUACCAACAACAAUACCAGAACAAUCUCCAAAAUCAACAAGCUGCCCAGCAAUACUACAACCAAAUCGCCACAGAUAACUCAAACAAUGUGUACCAAAAGCCACAAAUGCAGCAACAACAACAGCAACCACAAUAUCAGGCGCAAAUGCAGCAAUUCUCUGGUCAAUACCAACAGCAAAUGCCAACCAAUCAGCAGCAAUUUCAAGCGCAAACGGCCAUGCCAACGCAACAACAAAUGCAAAUGCAAUCGCAGCAACAGCCACAAGUGAGCUAUCCACACGGUCAAACGUUGCCAGCAAAUGCAUUGCAGGGCAUUGUGACGACUGGAACUCAUAUGGCUGGUCUUCCCAUAGCAUCACAAAUACCCCCGACAAUGGUGAAUGUGUCGCACCAACAAGCCAUGAGCAUGGGACAUUUACCAAACAAUAUCGAACUGAACAUGAACAUGCCGUCGGGAAUGAAUCCAAUGGCUGUCAAUCAUUCAGGAUAUAUUCCGCAGCAGCAAGUUCCACAUUCACAACAAGCCCAAAUGCAUUCACAACCGACAUCAGUCGUGAGCAGCUCAAUGCAUAUUCAGCCACAAAAUCAAAAUUAUGCAAACCAAAAUCAAACGAUAGCCAGUAAUGUUGCUGCCGUGCCAUAUUCGAUAGGAAUUCAAGCAACACAUGAUGCGAAUGUCAUGCAACAGGCGACCAGUCAAAUGAACAAUGUGAAUCAAUCGAAUGUGAAUCUUCAGCCGAAUUAUGUGAACUCAGCGAUACCAACACAACCGACACAGUCCUCGGCAAUGAUUCAGCAAACGCAACCCGUUCUAGUGCAUCCAAUUCAAGCAACAGCUCAGCAAACUGUUGUGACUAAUCCGAACCGAAAUAAUGUGAUAAGCAGUGAAACAGGAAACGCUGCACAAAAUAUAAGUAACGUGAUUACAUCGUCUUCUUCGAAUAUUGCGCCAAACGUAGGCAACACGAACAACGUGAAUGCGAGUGUAACAAAUGCUAAUGUGAACAACACGAUCAAUGACCCAGACACGGUUUCUGUUGAUGGACCAACAAAAAUGCCAGUAGUCAACGCAACUGCCACCGAUGACGGGCAAUCGGUCGACGAGAGUGAAAGUCAUGAGCUAGAAUCUCCAUUCUUUGUUCUUCCCUUAAACGAAAUCACUUUAGAACCGAGCGAAAAAUUUUAUACAAAUAUGGUAAUGCAAAAUCCACUAGAAAAUCCCACAAAUUUAGCAACCGUCACAACUGAAAAUCGCACAAAUGACGCAUCUACCUCCUCAAAUUGUGUUGCACAAAAUUUUACGCAAUCAAUGCCGGACAACGCAAUGCGAGCCGGCUCCCAGCCACCAUCAACAUACACAACGCAAUCGUUAACCAGUCCAAUCAAAGGGAUCAUUCCACGCUUACAGCGCGAAGAAUCAGAAGGGAUUCCAAUACCGGGUCGUGCACAAAGUCACGACGAUAUUCGUUUGUUUGGCACGGGCAGUGGCUAUAAUUCACCCAAUUCGAAUUAUUGCAUCAGCCCAAAUAGUCCACGCGGACAGUAUAUGUACGGUUGUUCACCGGUCGGAAUGAAUUCAUCGCCACCGAUCAAUUAUAAUAGCAGUUCGUAUUUGACAAAAGGUGGCUACAGCGUUGCACGUCGUGUACUCAGCCGAGCCACAUCGCCACUGUCAAGCAGUGUGCCCGGCAACAACACCUACAUCAAUGCACCCAACAAAUUCAACGCCAGCACAAACAACCGAAACAUUGCUGUUAGUAACAACUGCAGCAGCGCUUCUGGAACCAGUGCAGUUGCAAUCGACAACAAGAUCGAACAAGCAAUGGAUCUUGUAAAAUCGCAUUUAAUGUUCGCCGUGCGCGAGGAAGUCGAAGUACUCAAGGAGAAAAUAUCCGAGCUCAUGGAUCGGAUAAAUACGCUUGAAGUGGAGAACACAAUAUUGAAGGCGAAUGCAUCGCAGGAGACAUUAACCAAAUUGACAACGGCCGCCCCAACCAAAACCACACAUACCGCGACCAACUCAAACCCAUCCAACGGACCAAUUUCAUAAGCCGUGUUCAUCAAUUCUGCACAAGUCAUUCAAAACGCGACAGAGACAUUUUUUUAGCAAAAAAAAGAAGAAGAAAGAAGCAAAGCGCCAAAUCUGCAACAGACAAAAAUGCGCCGUCGUUUUUUAAUUUGAUUUCUCACCACUUUUGAAUCGAAAAAAAGAAAUGAGAAUAAGAAUUAAUUUUCUUUCAUCGCAAAAUGUAAAACACAACAUCAAUUCGCAAUCAAUCGAAUGCUCGACAUACCAUUUAGAAAAGAAAAACUGAUCACUGCUUUCGAUGAUCACAAAUUGCGAACUGAAGUGAUUUUACGUGAGAAAAAAAAAGAAAGAAGCAAAAAUCUUCAUUUUUGGCUUUUAAUCCAAAUUUUGCGAUAAAACACACAUUAUGCUUUGUUACUCUUGCGUGUAAUUCACUAAGAAAAAAAAACACACAAAGAAAUUAACAAAUAUUUAAUUCGCAUAUCUGCAUUGAAUGAACAAGCAAACAUAUUAUAAUUUUGUGAUAAUUUCUCCGAAAUCAACAACAACCAAAAUAUACAUAAAAAAAAAUGAACUGUAAUAUUUAAAAAUGAACACGGCUGGAUUUUAGCCAGAGACGUAAAAAGACACAACAACACAUAAACACACACAGUUCAGACGUCGGCAGAACGGUGAAGCAGAAGAUAGGAAAAUCUUUUGUGGUCGCGAAAUAUUGCUGCGCCACGGUGUAGUCCAUAACACACACAAGUCGUUGGAUGUGCAGCGAGAACAUUGGACGAUAUGAUGAUGAUGACACAUUGAAGUGACACCCCCCCCAUUGCUGCCCAUCGUAAUCGACAUACGGAAUAAAUCACUUCCGAAACAACAAAUGAUAUGCACAACCGUUCAAACAUCCACAUUUCCAUGGUGUUGAGAACGAUUUUGUUGCAAAUGAAAAUGUAUGAAAAAAAAAUCAACAAAAAAUUAUGCAAAUAUUGAUGUAAAUUACAAACACAAACACAUAAAAUAAUGAUGGAUUAUCAAAAAAAAAAACAAUAUAUUUAAUUGAGAUUGUAUUGUGAAACACCUGAUCGACGUGUUAGACUGCAAUAUAAAUGUUGAUAGUUUAAUUACUACAAAUUCGCAAUAAGAUUCAAUAACUUAUUAUUUUAAAUGUAUAAUGAUUAUUAAGAGCAAAACUGAAAAAGAAAAAAAAACAUGAAAAAACCAUAGAUCAGAUGAAGAAAAAAAAACAAACAAUAAAUAUAUAUAUGAAUAAAAUGAACAAAAUACAUCAAUUGAACUGUAAUACACAUUUUAUUAUUUAAACAAAAAAAACCCUUUUUCUGUUUUCUCUGACGAAAAUCUGACACAGUCACACCCACACACACUCAAGAAAUAUAAUUGUAAACGCGUUUUAACAUAAAACUAUAACAGCAACAAUUACAACAAUAACAAAAAAACCUAGCACAUUCAUCAAAUAUAUACAUUUUAAUAUUGAAGUCAUUGAGCAGAGAGAUCGAAGUUAAGAGAAAACACACAUAGCAAUUAAUUUCUGUUAAAACACCUAAUGUAACUGAUAUAAAAGCAAAAUACUAUUAUAUAUGAGCAAACAAGAAUAUUCUUUGUGAUCUUAAUGCGAAAGAAGUCAAAUAAAUGGACAGAGAUGAAAAAAUCAGUCGAAAAAAUGAAACAUAAA